AUGAAAGAACGAGACAGGGUUUCAUGGAAUACUAUUAUUGCAGCAUAUGGAAGACAUGGGUAUUGUCGCGAGGCAGUCACACUGUUUCACCAUAUGCAACAAACAGAUAUUGUAGUUGCUACUGCCCUGGUGGACAUGUAUGCAAAAUGUGGAAGCAUAGACAAGGCGCGUAAAUUGUUCGAUAGAAUCCCUCAAAGAAAUGCUUUCUUAUGGACUGCAAUGAUUGCAGGGGAUGCACAUAAUGGAUUUGCUGAAAAGGCUUCAGAAACUUUUAAGCAAAUGCAAUUAGACGGUAUAAAGCCGGACACCACAACCUUUGCCAGUAUCCUCCCUGCCUGUGCCAAAAUGGGAGCUUUGGUUUGGGACAUGUAUGCAAAGUGUGGAGACAUAGACAAGGCACGCGAACUGUUUGACAGAAUGCCUCAAAGGGAUAUCGUCUCAUGGAAUUCGUUGAUAUCAGGAUAUGCACAGAACGGAUUUGUCGAAAAUGCUUUAGAAAUUUUCAAGCAAAUGCAAUUGGCAGCUGUAAAGCCAGACUCUACAACCUUUGCUAGUUUAGGAGUAUUUACAGCGCUGCUGAUUUUAGAUUUGGAUCCUAAUAAUGCUACAACUUAUGUUCUUCUCUCGAACAUCUACGCAGAAGUAGGCAGGCGGGGUGAGGUUGAAACGGUAAGGAGAUUGAUGAAAGAUAGAGGAGUUACAAAGAUACCUGGAUGCAGUUGGAUUGAAGGCCAUAAAAUGGUACAUGCUUUUUGUGUAGGAGACAGAUCACAUCCACAGACACCGGAGAUCUAUGCAGAGUUGGAGAAAUUGGCUUUGGAGAUGAAGGCAGCAGGGUAUUUUCCAGAUUCAAGACAUUUAUCUAAUGACGUGGAAGAGGAGGAAAAGGAAUUUUUUCUCUCUCGCCAUAGUGAAAAGUUAGCAAUUGAUUUUGGUUUGUUAAACACACCACCCGGAACAACUCUUGCUCUGAUUGCCACACUGCAACAAAAUUUAUCUCCAAGAUUGUUGCAAGAGAAAUUGUUGUGA